CUUCCGACUCCAAAGCACAAAGGUUCUCGUAGGUAGGUAGGCCUACACUGGGUUCUUGCAGGUGGGUCCCCUCUGGGUCACUGCUCAGCCUCUUUCAAAUCAAAGUCAAGCUCGUCUUUGGACUGCAUAGACCGUCUCAAUCGACAGCCCCGGAAAGGCUAGAAAUUUCCAAAAAGAAAAACAUUGUCUUUCGUCGUCUUCUUGUGCUUGUGCUGGCUUCUCUUCUCUGCAAGUGAGCGGCACACUAUGGGAAGAAAACCCCUUGCCUCUAAGGCCGAAGAGAGGGCUCCUCCGACUGAUGGAGGCAACUUGCCUCCGACCGGAGAAAUUUUGGGAGUUAAGACAACAGAAUUAGUUCCAGAGUCACCAGAAAGACUGCCUGAAAAUGGGAAUGCUGCAUCUGAUGGAAUGAAACCACCCUUGGAAACCUUAAAUCCUUCUGAGGUUAUUGCAGGAUCACGUCCAAAACGGAAACCUAAGUCUCCUACUGACGCUUCAAAGGCUAUAGCAAAGAAGCCUAAAGUGGCUACACCUCGUAGAUCUGGACGUCUUCAAAGUGCUGUUGUACCUGCUAGAAACAAGGACCUAGCACCCAUAUCUCAAGACUUAACUGCACAGGCCGUUGAAGAAGAAGUUUUGCCCCGAGCUCCUGAGGAGACACGACUACCAGAACUGAGCAUACGUGAAAAGAACCUGGAAGAAAAGGUCAUCUCUCUGUCUGAAGCAGUGGAAGAAUUGAAGACUUGCAUUGAAGUGCUUAAGUUGAAGUUCAAAAAGAUGGAGGAAGCUUGGGGCAGGACACCGGGGGUUGGAACAAGCACUAAUGGCUUGCACGAGGAAUGCCAGAAGAAGAUUGAAGCCCUGAUGAAUGAGAAUCGCGAACUUACUGGAAAGCUGGGCAAUGCCCAUAUGAUGUAUUCAAAGGGGAACUGUCUAUUCAGUGAACUCAUGGAGAAAGUGAAGGACAUAAUGCUACUCUUCGGUCUCAAAGCUGCUGAGAUGGCUCCUCCAGCUCCAAAUGCAACCGAUUCCACCCGAGGCAGAGGGCUCGUGGAUGGCAUGAACUAGCAAGAUUAGGCCAAGAUUCCCUAUUGUAUAAUACUCGAAUACUUUUUGCAACUUGACAUUCGGUGCUAGCUUAUGUUGUGCCAAACAGUAGCUUUUAGCGGUGAAGUUACUAAAUCUAGGUCUUUCAGACCGUCUAGCCACUAAGUUUGACACAUUAAAUGAGCUUCUUGUAGCUAUUGACUAUCGUUUCUUUUAUGCUGCACACCAUGCAAUAACCAGUAAUUCUUGUUCGCUGCUUGCUAA